CAGCAGUCAGCAAAAUAUCAUUCUGUCUUAGCUUGUCAGAAAGACAAAUUCAAUGAAAAAAAAAAAAAAAAUAUCAUUCAUCAGGAAGAGCCGCUAACAUUUUCCGAUUACCAACAGCUAACAGCUCGAGUGAAUACUUGCAUAAGUAAAAAGACUAAACACCAACAGUGCGCGGAGUGCAGUAAACAAAACAAUCGCUCAAGAUUUCAGCAUCCAGCCAAAAGUGAGCGAAAAAAUGAUAAGCACCUUCUACAACGACUUCAUCAAGACCAAACCCGAGGAAUAAAAAGUAAUUCGCUGAACUGAUCUAAUGUGCAAAUAACACUCUACGGAGCAAAUCAGUUAAAAUGAACGUGCUGGAUUGUAAUCCCUACGGCAACGGGUUGAUGUACGUCGGAUUUAAUCAGGAUCAAGGAUGCUUCGCUUGUGGUACCGACAGUGGCUUCCGCGUGUACAACACCGAUCCCCUGAAGGAGAAAGAGCGCCACUACUUUGUCGAUGGUGGAAUAGCUCACGUGGAGAUGCUGUUCCGCUGCAACUAUCUUGCCCUAGUCGGGGGAGGCAUCCGACCACUCUAUCCGCCCAACAAGGUGCUUAUUUGGGAUGAUCUCAAGAAGGCACCGGCAAUUUUGAUGGAUUUUAAUGCCCCGGUCAAAAGCGUCCGCCUUCGGCGGGACCGAAUAGUGGUGGUACUUGAGGGAAUCAUCAAAGUGUACACAUUUACCCAGACUCCGACCCAGUUGCACGUGUUCGAAACUAGCCAGAACUCGCAGGGUCUGUGCGUUCUAUGUCCAAACAGUAACAAAUCGUUGCUUGCAUUUCCGGGUCGUCGGACUGGACAUGUGCAGAUUGUUGAUUUGGCCAACACAGAAAAGGCACCGCAGGAAAUUGUCGCGCACGAAACUGCGAUCAGUUGCAUUGCGCUUAAUCUGCAGGGAACUAGAUUGGCAACAGCCAGCGACCGGGGAACACUGAUACGGAUCUUUGAUACGGCCAAUGGCAACAAGGUGGCCGAACUGAGACGAGGUUCCAAUCAAGCCAAGAUCUUCUGCAUCAACUUCAACCAUCAAUCAACGGCGGUUGUAGUUUCUUCCGACCACGGAACGAUCCACGUGUUCAACCUAGAGGAACCGAAGGGCAAAGAGUCCACCAGUCUGUUGACGAAAUAUUUUACCAGCCAGUGGUCGUUUUGCAAGUUUUCUAUCCCACAGGGCCCACCCUGUAUAUGCUCGUUUGGGUCCGAGAACAAUUCCGUGAUAGUGAUUUGUGCGGACGGUCAUUACUACAAGUUCGUCUACAACAGCAAAGGCGAAUGCAGUCGGGAAGUUUGCUCGCAAUUUCUGGAAAUGACUGAUGAUCACACCUAAUAAUUGUGGAAACAAAAAUACGCUGCAGUAAUCGAAUGAGUUUUACCCUCAUCAUAAAAAAAAACUGGUAGAUUAUCUACGAGGCGGAAAAAUGGUGUCUUCGAGGCUGGGUGUUUUAAACUAUAAAUAUGUUUAACGACAGCCGCAUCAGUUACUAAACAGUGUAAAUUAAGCGGUUUUAUUAUUUUAGAGAUCUUUUCUCGCAAUUGCUACAUGCUGUAUGUGAAAAGGAGAGAUGAAACAGAAUAUUAUUAUUAUCUACAGAUUGAUAAGCGGAAUAUCAAGAAGAAAUAUAACAACGUUUAACCCUAUUAGAGCUACUCUCAAAACAGUAACAUUAUCGUGUCUGUCAUAUGGAAAUACAAUUCUACUGGACUAUUUAAAUUAUUCAAUAAACAUUUUCGUUGAAUAAACUAUAA